AUGGCUGAGACAACAAGGGAUGAAGAUCGGACCGAGGAAGACAACCAGAAAGGAGGUAGGAAUGUGAUUCUACUGAAAGAGGCAGACAUAUCAGAAGGUAUUAACGCUUGCUCCAAUAGUCUCUAUGGCAGACUCUUUGCUUCCAAAACCUUCUCAAUUGGAACCAUGGGGAAUGCUUUAAAGGCUAUAUGGGAAAACCCGGAAGGAUUUAGCGUGAGUGAUAAAGGGGAUAAUUCCUUCCAAUUCUUUUUUAAUAAAGAAGUGGAUGUCUUGCGUGUUGAACGUGGUUCUCCAUGGCUAUUCAAAGAUUAUUUGCUCCAUGUCAAGAGAUGGAAGGAAGAUCAGAACUGUGAUGAAGAGAUUAUUUCCAAUUUUUCAGUUUGGGUUCAAUUUUGGGGUUUGUCAGAAUCGUUUAAAACCCUCGAAGUUUGA